GGAGGAUCGGGGGGUACCCGGCGUGGGUUCCACGGUGUAGGGGGGCUUUGGGUGCGCCCCCGGGUUGGCGGGGGGGCUGAGGGGGGUCGGGCCCUUCUCUCCUCAUCUCCCCGGGACACCCCCCCCGCGCCUCCCUCCGCCAGUCCCGGGGCAGGAGCCGGUCCCGCAGGGCUCCCUCAGACUCGCCGCCCCCGGCACCCCCUUGUCCUUCCUUCCACCGUCCCCAGUAACGGGGGCUGACCCGGCAGAGCCCGUCCCCCCCCCGUCAUCCCUGCGUGCUGCUCCACGUCCCCCCCUCCUGCCAUCGCCAUUUUCGAGCCCUUCUCCGAUGCGGGGUCCCCUUCUGGCGGCGGCUGGGGGAGCCAUGGGGGGCGCCGGGGGUCCCCUGGCCCGCACCAUUCGUGCCAAGCUGACGGCGGCCCUGCAGCCCACGCACCUGGAGGUGCGGGACGACUCCCCCCGCCACGGAGGCCCCCCCGGCGCCGAGACGCAUUUCGGGGUGCUGGUGGUGAGCGGGCGCUUCGCGGGGCUCCCCCUGCUCCAGCGGCAUCGCCUGGUGCAUGAGGCACUGCGGGCCGAGCUGGCCGGGCCCCUGCACGCCCUGCAGGUCAUCGCCCGCACCCCCCAGCAGUGGCAGAGUGACCCCCGCGCCCCCCCCGCGCCCCCUUGCCUGGGGGGCUCCAAGCGGGAGCGACGCCGAGGGGACAGGGAGGAGCAGGAGGAGGCGCCGGGGCAGCAGUGACGGCCCGGGAAGCCCCCCAGGAACAGCAUGGGACUCCCAGGACCCCCACCCUGGUGUCAGCGCAGCGGACGGAGCCUGGAGUUGGGGAGGGAAAGAAGUAAUGGGGGUGAAACAGCCCCCCCCCCCCCAUCAUGCUCAGCCCCAGCCCCCGCACCCCGUAUCACCCCCAGCCUGGACCCACCCAACCACCCCCGUGUUCUCACCCUGGGGGGGAUUUUUGGGGUGUCCCCCCCAUUUAAUGUCCGAAUAAAUUCAAUUAAACAUG